AUGCUUGAGCGUUUGAAAAUAUCAGGCAUUAGAAGUUUCAGCUCAAGUUCUGAAAUAACUAUUGACUUUGAUCCAAGACUAACCCUAAUUUUAGGUCACAAUGGUGCUGGUAAAACUACAAUCAUUGAGGCUUUAAAGGCAGUCACAACUGGUUUGUUCCCGCCCAACUCAGAUGGAGGUAAAAGUUUUAUUCACGAUCCAAAAAUUGCUCAAAAGCCAGAAGUGCAAGCUUCAAUGAAACUAUUUUUCAGGACUCCUCAAGGCAAGCCAAUUCGGAUUGGAAGGCUCAUAUCUCUUGUCAGAAAAGAUAGCGACAAAUUAGAGCUUAAAAAAUCAGAAAAUAUUGUUUGCACGCUAGACGAAGAAGGAAAAGAAGCCCAGAAUAGUUUGCGAGUUGGAGAUAUAGACAAGUUGGUUCCUGAACUAAUUGGACUUUCUUCACCAAUCCUGGAAUAUGUGACAUUUUGCCAUCAAGACGAAUCUUUAUGGCCUUUUUCUGACUCUUCACAUCUGAAAAGGAUUUUCGAUCAAAUCUUUUCAACUGAAGCUUUUUCUAAAGCUCUAGAAAAUCAUAAAAAAUUCAUAAAGAAGCAGUCACAGGAUUUGCAAGGUAAGAAAAACGAAAUGAUAUGAGCACAAACACUCAUAAAUCAAGCAAGACAAGAUAGAGAAAAAAUGAAGAGCUUAAAAGAAGAAGAAAUUAAAUUAAAAGAAAAAGGAGAAGAACUCAAAAAUGAAAUUUUAUAUGUGCAAAAUGAGAAAAAAGCGGCAAAUAGAAUGCAGAAUCUGAUGUCUUGCAAAGAAGCAAAAAUUAAUGAAAAAAUCAGCCUAGAAAAAAUAGUUGAAGGAUAUGGAGACAUUAUUAUUUCUGAUAAUAUAGAAGAAACUGAAAAUAAGAUUAAUAAGCUGAUAGAAGACAAAAAAAGUAUAGAGGAUUCAAUUAAAGGGCUAACUGUGAAAAUUGAAAAGCUUGAGGGCGAUAAAGGAAACAUCCUUGAAAGAGUUGGAAGUACAAAAUGUAAACUCGAUUUUUAUGAGGAAAAAAUAAUCAAAAAAGCACAAUUAGAAGAGCAAAUGAGAAGCGAAAUCGGAGAAGAAAACCCAAAAAGCAUGCUUGAUAUAUGAAAGCACAAUUUAAAUAAAAUGAACUAUGAAUUUGAUAUCUCAAUAUCAAAAUAUAACGAUGAAUUGCAAAGAUUAAAAAAUGAGCUAAGUAUGUUGGAAUUUGAAAUAAAUUCAUUAAGUGAAGUGGUAAGGCAGCAAGAAAUUGAUCUAGAUGAAUUUAGAGUUAAAUCGUCAGAAUCCAAUCGAUCUUCUUUAGAAUCAAGUCUUAAAUCAUUGCAAAUCAGUAUCCAAGAGAUGGAUAAAGAAAAUCAAAACUCAGAAAAACUGAUUAUGAUUCUUGAUAAAGAAUUUUCAGACUUGGAAUUUUCAAAGCAGAUUGGCCUUGAGCAAAACCAGAGCAGAAUUAAAGCUUUGCAGAAAGAAGCUGAUCUAGCCAGAUUAAAAGAAUUAAUUGGAAAAAUUGUUGCAGAAAACCCAAGUCUUGAGUCAAUUUAUAUAAAUAGCUAUCAAAAUAUGAUUAAAGAGCUCUAUGAUGUGGCGCAUGAAAAAUAUAUAGAAAAAUUGACUGAGGUUUCUAUUCUUGAAGAAGGGAUUGAAUCUGCAAAUUGUUCAAUAGAAAAAUUGAAAGCAAACAUAAAUGAACUUACUAAAAGCACUCCCUCAAAAUCUGAUUUACCAUUACUGCUAAGUUCAUUGGGAGUUCAAAAAGCUGAGUUUCAUGAAUAUCAGAGCAUUCUUGAAAAAAUGAAAGCGGAUACCAAUCAUGAAUUUACGUAUCUUAAGAACUUUGCCGCGGCAAAGCGGUAUUUAAUCGAAGAAGCAAUUGAAAAAGGCAGCUGCCCUAUUUGUGAUUGCGAUACACAUUCGUGCACAGAUUGUUUAAAACAGAAACUCACAGAAUUAAAAAAUGUCGAAUCAACAGAGCCAGAAAACUUGAUAGCUUUAGAAAGCAAGAUCGAAUCCAUUCAAAAAUGCCUGGAUUUAAUACAAGGAUUUUCUAAGAACUAUAAAUUAAUUGAGGAUACAAAAGAAAGCUAUAAUAAAGUAAGAGAAGAGUUAAAAAUAAAAAUGCCUCAGCUAGAAGAAGCAAGGAUUCAAAGAAAUAACUGAAAAGAAAGGUGCUCUCUAUUAAAUAAUGCACUAGAAAAUAUUUCUAAAAUGUACUCAAUUAUAGAAUCUUUGGAAAUAAAUUCAAAAGUCCUAUAUGCAGAUAUUAUUGCAAAAAAUAUUACUGUUCCUGAAGAAGUUGAUAUAUAUUAAAAUGGCGACACGUGUCAACCUGCCCUCUUGGCGCAGUAGUCCAGACCUUAUGGCUACGGCGAACUGGGACGGACUCCGAGCUGAGAAUCUAGUGUAGACUCUAGAGGUGUGCAUCCGGGUAGGUUUUGGGCUGCUUUCCUGUGGUUGGAAAUGAAUGUGCUCGGCAGCGUCCUUUGGAUCCGAGGACCCAUGGGCAUUCCUCUACCGAGAAACUGGAGGUUUCGGCCCAGGCCACAGGGGAAACAGUCUUUUUCCUGUAGCUGUCGAAGAAAGGCACUUCGACACCCGAUAGACUCCAACGAGUUGAUCCCUGGAAUCAAGUUAAUCCAAUCGCCCAUAGCAGGGCCGCAGAAAUCCGUAAGCUGCCCACUCAAGACUGAAGCCUUAAGGCAGGAGGAGACAGAAGCUACCGGAAGGGCUCUCGAAAGAGGGAUAGCCCUCUGGGCUGGAGUCGAAAAGCGGAUGAACCUCCCGUACGGGAGGUCUUUGGUGACUGCGUCACCAAUAUGGCUAACGCCUGACUUUGAUAAUCCUACUCCUAAUCCUGAAGAAAGUUGACAUUUCUCAAGUAAUUAACGAAAUUAAUGCAAAGAGUAAUGAGAAAAAAAUCUUCUGUGAAAAUAUUCGAAAUUUAAAGAAGCAAAUCGACAUUAGCUAUACUAAAAUUUCUGAGCUAAACAGUCAACUUAUAUCAUUAUCAAGCAUUCCUAAUUUAAUUUCACUAGAAGAAGAAAUCAUUAAUAAGAGGAAACAAAUAGAGCAAAAAUCCAGCGAAAUUGAUCCUUUGAAAACCAAAAUCAAAGAGGCUGAAGAAGCUCUCCAAAACGAAAAAUCUAGCAAGUCUUCAAACCAAAAUGCUAUGAACUCAAAAAUCUCUCGAUUUGAGUCUAUCUACAACUCAUAUCUUGAAUCCUGCUCAUAUUCAAGCUCAUAUCAAGACACACUAUCUCAAAUGAAAUUGCUAGACAACCUUCUGGAUAAUAUACAAUCUGAGCUUUCAAUUUCAAAAGAAAAACAUAAAAAUCUAUCAAUUGCCAUGCAGUCAACUUCUAAAGAACUUUUAGAUUUGCAAGUGUCAUUUAGCAAAUUCAAUGAGCUCAAAAAGCAGCAAGAAUUCAAAGCUGAUUUGCGCAAGCUUGAAGGGGAAAUAGUUGAACUAGACCAGAAGUUAAGCCAAUUUGAUGGAGCUAUGCUUAAAGACUUACAAGAAAGAGAACUAGAUAUAAAAGUGGAGCAAGGCAGGAUUGAAGGACGCUUAUCCUCAAUUCAAGAAGAACUUAAAGAGCUCAGCAAAAAGCCAACUUCAAUGUCUGAAACUAAAGCUGCGCAUCUUUAUAUUGAAACACGAAUAUUGGAAAAGUCAAUUGGCGAGCAUAAGUCGUUUAUAAAAUGUUUGGACAAUGCAAUAAUAAAAUAUCACCAACAAAAAAUCGACCAAAUCAAUAUGAUUUUGCGAACUUUAUGAACAGAAACUUAUAAAGGAAGAGAUAUAGAGACUAUUAUGAUAAAAACAGACCCGAUUCAGAAGGAUAAAGGAGUUUCUUAUAAUUAUAGGAUCACUUUAAUUGGGAAUAAUACAGAAUUAGAUAUGAGAGGAAGAUGCUCAGCUGGACAAAGGAUGCUAGCAUCUUUAAUAAUUAGAAUUGCACUGGCUCAAGCCUUUUCAAGUGGAAACUGUAUUAUUGCGCUUGAUGAGCCAACGACUAAUAUGGAUAUUGAUAAUACAGAUGGACUAGGAGAUGCAAUUGCUAGCUUAGUUAACGGAAACCCAAAGCUGCAAAUGAUGAUAAUUUCUCAUGAUCAAGACUUCAUCAGAAAAGUGUUACGAUCUACUGAAAGAUCCAGCUACUUUGUUGUUGAGAAACUAAGAGGAAGAUCAGUAGUGAAUAAAGUAUCUUCUAGCUAA